AUGGAUCCCUACCAACUCGUGGGGCGCAUCGCCAGGACCGUGGACCCCGCACCGCUCCGGCGCCUCUCCAGUGAGUGGCCACUGGCGGGGCAGUCGCAGAAGACCCCUCCUAGACACGAGGCGGCCGAACACGCUGGAAACGGUCUUCGCGCCGCCGUCAUGCGCUCGCAGGGGACCUACGAAGACCUCCUCUCCCAGGCGGACGCCCAUCGCGACGCGCUCAGCGGCACCGCUGUGCGGCGGCUUCGGAGCCGGGCCAUGGACCCGGCGCAGAAGGUUGAUAUGGAGAUGGCAAAGCUGCACGACCAGGCCCAGCUGAUCCAACAGCAGUCCUUGGAGCUCACGACGUUACGCGACGGCCUGGAACUGCAGAUGCAGCGCCACGCAGCCGCCUCCACGCGCCUGGCGGAGGCGGAGGAGAAGUUGGAGGAAGCGCAGCAAGAGAAUGCCGAGCUGCAGCGGCAGCACAAGACCGAAGAGCUCCGGGCCACCAUGCUCCGAGAAGCUUUCGAACAGGAGCAGAAUCGGGUUGGUGUCUCCCUUGGCCAGGCCGAAACCUACGUCAAUCAUUUGGUCGCGGCUACCGAAGGGACACGUAGGGUGGAAAUGACCGAACAAGCUGUGGCCAGGGAAUGCGUGCAGGCGUUGAAUGAGAUCCACGCUGCACAGAGCCGAGAAGAUCUCAGUGCAGAAGCGAAACUGAACCAAUUGGUCCGUGAACUCGAAUUGGCCAAGACAGACUAUGACUUGGCGACCAGGUCUGUUCCGGCCACCAGUCCCAAGGCCGACCCAGCGAAGCAAACGGAGCUCUCGGAGCUGCGUCGCGGCACGCUGGAGGCCAUGGCGCUCUUUCGCAGGCGCCUGGCGGAUGCGCAGGUCUACCGCAGGAGAUACCAGGAGAUCCAACAUCGAGCCGAGGCUGUCAACCGCGACCUGGCGCAGCAGGAAGGCCCUUCACGCAGUGGUCCUUGUGCCGGCGCCGGCACAGCCAGUGGCAUCAGCAGCACCGUUCCGGUUUUGACCCGGCUUAGACUGGAAGAAGCUGAAGAAGCGCAGCAGAAAGCAGAGGAAGCGCGACUGGAAAGUGAGCUGGUGGAAGCAGAGCGAGGAUCCUUGAAGCAGGACUUUUACAGCUAUCAGGUCUUGUUGGAUCACGGCAGCAGCCAGCUCCAGGAUCUCCAGGGCGAACUGCAGCAGCUGCGCUCGCGGCUCUCCGGCGCUCCACGCCGCGAUGCGCUGCGCGCUGCCGGGGCGCCGCCGACGCCGGCGGACAAUUUGAUGGCUGCCGGCUUGCAACGUCGCGUGGGUCUGUCCUUGGCUGCUGGUCGGGAGAGCAGAUGUCUCAUCCAAGAGGAGCAGCUGAAACGACAACUGGCUGAGCAACGAGUGGUAGACCGCCACGCGGGACGCAUGGAAGACCUGGGUGCGACAGCAGAAGAGACCUUGUCGAAUGGCGCCGUCAUAGGUCCCGGCUUCAGCGGCAUCAGCGCCGUCGACAGCGCCGUCGACCGCGACGUAGGCACCAUGGAUGCCUCGCAAGAGCUGCGGGCGCGACUGGCGGCACUGCGGGGGCAGUUGAAUCAAGGCACCAAGGGACGGGACGGGAGAGGAAUUGGUAUCCAAUCUUUGAAGAAUUCUAUAGAUGUUUAUAAUUUAUAA